AUGGAACCAACAAACCAGACCCAAGCCCAAGUCGAAGAUACAACAUUAGAAAACCUACAAACCCUAGUAGAAACAAUCAAAGCCGAAAACUGGACGGAGUUCGGAUUCCUAGUUUUCCGCACAGACUACAGCAACGAAGACAUCUGGGCGCAAUUCCUCGAAGAAUGCAACGAAAUCCUAGAAGAGGGGAUUGAGAAUGCACCCGCCGAAUCGGGAUUAUCCCGCGUUGCGGAGUGUGUCUUUAUGAAGAUUGUUGAUGAUGAUUCGUUGGCGAAUGAAUUGGCUGAACGGGUGGCGUUUGCGUACCGGCUUUGUGCGGAGGAUAUGGAAGAUGAUGAGCCUGGGGAUCGCCUUGUUGCUGGUCUUCAGAUGCGUAUGUGUCUUAUGGUUGACGGGGACUGUAUUCGGUCUGUUGUUGGGUCCGGAUCGGGGGGUGAGGAUGGGGUUCCUUCUGUUAAGGCUGUCGAUGUUACGCUUGGGUUGGAUGGGGUGGAUGGGGUGGAUGGGGGUUUGGAUUAUUCUGGAGUCUUUAGGGUUGCGAUUCGGUCUUUGAUUACGAAGCUUUAUCCUGCGUUGCUUGCGUGUCAUAGGACUGGGGACUUGAUGCCGGCUGAUGGUGGGGUUUGGAAAGGGGUGCAGGCUGCACCUUUUUAUGCGGAAAAAGAAGUGAGGGAGAUCGACAGGCUGUUGAAGUGA